AAGCGUCCGCACGCGGAACCCUGGAGGAGACGUUGAAGCUUUCCAUCUGUAAAGAUUGUCGAAAUAGUGUCGUUUAAUGUUAUAUAUAAAACAAUUUAUUUAAAACAUUUUAUGUAUAGUAUUUAGUCUCUUUAGUAUUUAAACCACGCGGUAAAAAGACCGUUUCUCGGAGGGGGAUUGUUGAUGGUGUAACACCAGACUCGAGAACAAGACGCCUCUCGCAUCUUUUCUCUCCCUGAAUUGUUCAUUUUAGUCACAGUCCCCUUCAAAUUACUGACGUUUUAUUCCACUUAAAUGAGUUGCAAAGGGGACAGCGACGAUGACAGCUGCAGUAAACGGAGGGUCGCUUAUGUUUAUAGCCGGGAAUACAUCGAGACUUGCGACAGUUUGUCUAAAGUCCCGAACCGGGCGAGUAUGGUCCACUCACUCAUAGAAGCCUAUGGACUGCUUGAACACAUGAGCACUGUGAAACCUCGCAUGGCCACCAUCGAGGAAAUGGCCAAGUUCCACACCGACUCCUACCUGGAGCAUCUUCACAAGAUCAGCCAGGAUGGGGACAACGACGACCCCCAGUCUGUCGACUACGGCCUGGGUUAUGACUGUCCAGUGGUGGAGGGCAUAUUCGACUAUGCAGCAGCUGUAGGGGGAGCUACACUGACGGCAGCUCAGUCUCUGCUGGACCAAAAGUGUGAAGUGGCCAUCAACUGGGCAGGAGGGUGGCACCACGCCAAGAAGGACGAGGCUUCAGGUUUCUGUUACGUGAACGACGCUGUGCUGGGAAUCCUGAAACUGAGAGAGAAAUACGAGCGGGUCCUCUAUGUGGACGUUGACCUGCAUCACGGAGAUGGUGUGGAGGAUGCGUUCAGCUUCACAUCCAAAGUUAUGACCGUCUCUCUGCACAAGUUCUCUCCUGGAUUCUUCCCCGGUACGGGGGAUGUUUGCGAUACUGGUUUGGGCAAAGGCCGCUGGUACGCUGUGAACGUCCCGCUGGAGGAUGGCAUCAAGGACGACCGAUACUACCAGGUUUUUACCAGUGUAAUGCAGGAAGUGCGGGCACAGUUCAACCCAGAGGCCAUCGUGAUGCAGCUGGGUGCCGACACCAUGGCGGGUGACCCCAUGUGCUCCUUCAACAUGACCCCCGUGGGGGUGGGCAAGUGUCUGCAGUACGUCCUGCAGUGGCAACUACCUACACUGCUGCUGGGAGGAGGAGGUUAUGACUUGGCUAACACUGCUCGUUGUUGGACCUACCUGACCGGGACAGUGCUGGGAAAGACUCUUUCCUCUGAAAUACCUGACCACGAGUUUUUCACAGAAUAUGGACCAGACUACUCACUGGAAAUCAGCCCGAGCUGCCGACCAGACCGCAACGAUACCAAACACCUGGACCAGGUCAUCAGCACCAUCAAAGGGAAUUUAAAGAAUGUGGUUUAGGAGUCGACAACCUCAACUUCGCACAGACACACACACACGCGCGCACACACACAGACGCACCAUGUUUCCAAACCAGGUCGACUCUCUGUGGCUUUAAUGAAGACAAUAUGGAGCAGACCCCUUCGGCCCCGAGGCACGGAGCGAACAAGGGAGGGGAAAAGAGAAACAGAGAAAGGGUUUUGGAAAACAUUAGCUGAGUGUUUCCAGAGGAAAACAGUUUAAUAAGGGUGGGUGGGGGUGAUGCUAUCCACAGUUUUUUUUUUUUGUUGUUUUUUUUUUUUUGUAAAGGUAUGCUUGUUUGAAUGAGAGAGUUUAUAGUUAUGUAAAACAGGAUUACAGCAGCGGACUCCGACUGUUUGGUAUUGAGGGAUGCGGCCGUCAGGACGUGUUCAGCUAAAUGGAAAAACAGAUUUUUCAGGAGUCCAGUUUCAUAGUCGCUCCGGUCCCGCUGUGAUUUCAGCCCCUUGAGGACACAUAAGCACUAAAACAGACAAACGUUUCCCCAAAACCUCAGUUUCCGAGCACGGUCCGUAAAGUCCUGAAAAGCAUGUAAAGUAUCUUGAGAAACUUGUAAAGUUUACAAACAGGCAACCCGACAAAGUUCGUUUUGAGCCCAAAUCAAACAUCAGGACAGAGUGUGCAAUUUUAAAUGAAAAAUAUGCAGUUAAAAGGUUAUUUUAUACAGAUGACAACAAAGUUUCACGACUUUUAAGGAAAAUCUAGACAGAAACUGACUUUCUCAGAAGGAUUGGAUAUAAAAAUCUGUUGAUUUCAUUUGCAGCUAUGUAGCACAUGUCUUUACGGCGUCAUGUGUUCCACUCACUAAUCCUGUUGAAGUGCAGUCCUUUUAGGUGAUACCAUCACGUAGCAAGUUCUGAAAACUGAAUGUCACUAAAUGUCCACCAAAAAACUUUCCAAUUGGCCCGAAAUAUACAUAAUAAGUGACGAGAAUAAACCUCAAAAUAGACCCAGUAUGCAAUAUAUCUGUUAACACAAAACACGAUCUUGGUUUUAUUUGUAAUGAAAAGCAGCCUUAAUGAUAAUAUAUAGAGAUUUAAAACUUUGAUCCCAGCAGCUGGGGUGUUGGUGAUGUGUCUGAAUCAUGUUGCACAGCUUUGAAUGAAAAGAAACCUACAAACUGCAAGUGAUAUAUUUGACAAAAACAGUUGAAGGCUAAGUUUUAAUGGUUGGAAGCAUAAUGAUAAGGAAAAAAUAUAUUUCAUUCACAUUUCAAUAUGUCUCAGUGAAUUUUUUAAACAUUAGUUCAAGUGACAGGGUUCAAAAGUCACACGCUUAUCCUCGACUAUAGAAACUGUAUUUUUACAAAUCGUUCAAGAUCCAUUGAUUUUUUGGGAGUUGACCAAAAAUCAAUUCAAGGCAUUAAAAUCCAUUGUAUGCUAGUUUUUAAAAAUACACAUGUUAAUAUGCACCUCAAAAUUUGACAAAAUAUAUUCACAUUUGCUUAAAUGAAAUGUAAACAUGAAAUUAGUCAAGAAUAUUUUGGGGUGAAGUCCUUCUUAUCAAACUGUCUCAGAAUUGAAAGUGCAUUUUUACCUUUUCGUGUUUGUGACUUUGUUUUUUAAAUCUGUUUUAUCAGUUUUGAUGUACAUACCACAGGGCUUUGUUGAAAUAAAAGAUUGGAGAGCA